AUGAACAUACGCAGCGAAUUCGAUACACUAGCGACUUACCAAAUCGAAAACGAGCCGGCCAUUGAGGGCGAAGAGAGAUCUGAACCACUCCCGGACCGUCUUGUUAUGCCCAGCCUCAAAGCGAUGAUUGCCAGAGACAGCACACAAGAAGAACUCCAGCGUGUCCAGUAUCUCAUCGAGGAGUGCGAGGAUACUGACGAGUUUCAUUACGACAAUGAUCUUGCUGCAUACGAAAAUGCUCUCCAGCAGAUCCUUGACGAUCGCGACGCCAUUGCACCUCUCAUCGCUCUGAGAUUACACAUUCUCAUCUCUCAUGUUACGACUGAUCAGGCUCGGGCUAUGAUCAACCGUGAGAGAGCUGAAGAAAUCUGGCAAGAGCAGAAGAGCGAGUGGGAUCUGCGGAUGCCUUCCGAUGUCUACUCUUUCAUGCAAGCCACGCGCUGCGAACUGGAUUCGCUUCUCGUAGGCCACCAAGAUAUCGCUGCCGCCGAAGCCGAGAACACAGAGGAAACAAGACUCCAGCGCUCCGAGCCAGGGACUCCUUCGAUCGAACCUCCGACCCCAAAGAAACAUCAACAGAACCUCCUCACAAGUUUAGCUAAACCUCUUCUUUUCUUCACAAUGAAGUUCUUUUACUCCAAAAUAAACCUUCUGCAUUAG